CAAGGAAGGUCUCGGGAAAGUUCGACCUAAGACCAGAUAGGCUGGGAGCGCGCGGGGACAUGGCGACUGGUCGGCAUGGUCCUCCAGCAGAGAGGCGCAAGUAAGCACCGCGAAAAGUUACCCAGAGGACUGAGCAUCGUCCAGGGAAUUUCCAGGAAGUGUGCGAGGAGCGCACUGUCACCCCGUGACAAUGGUGUGCGCUCGGACUUUGUGCCUGCUUGUUCUGAGCGCCCUCCUGAGUCCCGGGGCACCCUGGGGUGCUAAGCGGGACAGACCGAGGCAAUGCGAAACACCAAAGUUGCAAAGUGAAAUGAACUCCUUUUUAUGGACGAUAAAGCGAGAACCUCCACACCCUCCUUCUUACCUGUUUGGUACCAUCCAUGUGCCCUACACGCGAGUUUGGGACUACAUACCAGACAACUCUAAAAGGGCUUUCAACACUAGUCCUAACAUCUUCUUUGAGUUGGAUUUAACAGACCCUUUGACUAUUUCCAAACUCACCAGUUGCCAACUCCUUCCACAUGGAGAGAACCUACAAAAACUUCUACCUCGAGAUUUGUAUCGCCGCCUCAAACGCCACCUGGAAUACGUCAAACACAUGAUGCCGUAUUGGAUGACGGCUGACCAGCGUGGACGUGGACUUUAUGCAGAUUAUCUUUUCAACGCUAUAGCAGGAAACUGGGAAAGGAAAAGGCCGGUGUGGGUCAUGCUAAUGGUGAACUCGCUAACAGAGUGGGACGUAAGGUCAAGGGGCACGCCAGUGUUGGAUCUGUUCUUGGCCCAGGAAGCUGAGAGGAUGGGCAAGACCACAGGCGCAGUAGAGAGAGUGGAGGAACAGUGCCACCCACUCAAUGGACUCAACUUCUCUCAGGUGCUGUUUGCUCUGAACCAGACUCUGCUGCAGCAUGAGGGUGUCCGAGCAGGCAGUCUGCAGGGCUCCUACACCACUGAGGACCUCAUUACCCACUACAACUGUGGAGACCUCAGCUCUAUCAUCUUCAACCAUGACACAUCACAGCUGCCUCACUUCAUCAACAGUUCUCUACCAGCUCACGAGCGCCUGACAGCUCAGCAGAUCGACAGUUACUUUCGCCAAGAACUCAUCUACAAACGAAAUGAGAGAAUGGCCCGCAGAGUGUCCGCUCUGCUGCAGAGGAACCCCAACCAGACCUACUUCUUUGCCUUUGGAGCAGGCCAUUUCUUGGGAAACCGCAGUGUGCUGGACAUCCUCAGACAGGAAGGCUAUGAGAUAAUCCAUACUCCAUCAGACCACCAGGAACCAGACCGCCAGAAACAGAGGGAUCAGGAGAAAGCAGAGAAAUUGAGCCAGGAGAGUCCAGACGCAAGUACAGUAGCCCCGACAAGUUGGAUGACUAGCCUUCCCAGUGACACCGAGCUGGAGGAGCCAGAGAGCUUACCUGGAGAGGGAGACGAGGAGCUGCCCCAUAUGCUUCUGCCUGACAGUCUGAGCCAACUGGAGGAGUUUGGACGACACAAACGCCCACGUAAAGCCCACCGUGGCCAUGGCAGACCCCGCCUCUUCAGUGACUUGUGGGUUCGCAUAGGGGACAGCACUAGCCCUCCUCCUAAUGUGAGAAUUAUUAAUGGCUACAUCACAGUGGCACCCCCUCUGAUGCAGCAGGAACAACACAUGCGUCUGGACGUCCACAGCCCAGAGACACCGCCACAGCGCACACGAGACAGUCCACACUCAGGACAGCCUGCUCUUGUCCACUGCUCCCUCCUGUUCUAUCUACUGGUCUGGAUCUUAUCACAUGUACUGCUCCUCUGCUGACCAUAAGACAGAAGAGACAGACACACAGGAAUGUAUAUGAUAAACACAACAGACUGGCCACAAGCACAUAUCAAGAUGAGUCUGGAUUCUUUGACAAUCCUGUAUUUCAGAGAGUCUUCAAAUCUUGAUGGAGUUUUCAAACCUCAAAGUAUUAUGAUAGAGCCACGUUGGCAUAGCACUAUAAAAACUAUGAAGACGAUUCUGUGGUGGAAAUAGUUUAAAAGCUGCUUAUAAUAAUAAUGAAUAAAAUGUUGAUCACAAUAAAAGGCUAGAAUUGUAUGUUAAGUGCAUACAAUCACAUAGCACACUGUGUAGGGAG